GGUAAUCCAGGGCGGGCCUUUACAAUGACGUCUUUGUGCUAGUACAACAACAGUACAGUGGGACGUGAUGAAAAUAUUUUAACACUCAGUCAGCCCUGUCUUAGAGAAUGGGGAAUGCAGAGAGUACUUCCCUCCAGAAGUGCCUGUCCCGGUUUCUUCCCAAGGAGCAGGCUGUUAUUGAUGGGAUAUUUAACAAGCUGUUGGGUACAGAGGCUGGAGCGACGAAGAAAGCAAAGUCAGUGACUCUGGAGAUGCUAAAGGUCUAUGUUGAAGGCACACUUCCUGAUUCGAUGACUGUUCGGCUGUACAAUGGUAUGAAAAGUGUGGAUCCCACGGGGAAGGCAGUGCCUCCUAGUGACAGUGUCAGCAAAGAGCAGCUAAUCGUUUUUCUGUCGGACGUUCUGCGUGGAAUUGCAGAGGAGAAGGGAGCUCUGAUCUUGUCCAUGAUAUCUGGAUCUCAGAUAGGAACUGUGAAGGGAAGACAAGUCACAGAGUUCACAGAGGAUCUGAUAUCCUCCGUACUUCAAGUUCUGAAACACAGAAAGCUACUAAAAGGCUGGAGUUUGGAUCAGACCCGGGACAGCACAGAAGGGAUUAAACUCCUGGCAACCCAGUUAACAUGCGAACUUCGACCAGCAGGUGAAGCGCUACCAGCAGGAAAACUUCUGGAGGCAGAUUGUGACCUUGGUUCCAUUGAGGACUGGGUGUUUCGAGUCUCCAGCGUGUCCACUUUCCUCAGCUUGGUGGUCAGUCAAGGGCUGUGCAUCCAGCUUUCUGAAGGCGGGGUAGGGAACCUGUUGCCUGAGUGCAGGGAUGUCCAUUGGUCGAAGUUCCUGAGUAUCCUAGACCUGCCUUCCGUCAUGUACCUGAACUCCCAACUGCCCGUGGACGUUCAGCACCAGUGGCGGCUCCUCUUCUCCACCCGCCUUCAUGGGGAGAGCUUCUCACGCCUGUGCGGACAGGUUGUUCACAAAGGCCCCACCAUCCUGGUCAUCCGAGACUCACAAGGACACAUCUUUGGUGGGUUUGCAUCUCACAGCUGGGAAACCAAGCCCCAGUUCCAAGGGAGCAACAGAUGCUUUUUAUUUUCUGUCAAGCCUUAUCUCUCUGUUUACAUGUGUACUGGAUACAAUGACCACUACAUGUACCUAAACCAUGGUCAGCAGACCAUGCCUAAUGGAUUGGGAAUGGGUGGACAGCACAAUUACUUUGGUCUUUGGGUGGACAGUAAUUUUGGGAAAGGACACAGCAAGGCCAAGUCCCGGUGUACAACCUACAAUAGCCCUCAACUCUCUGCCAAGGAAGACUUCAGCAUUGAUGCCAUGGAGGUGUGGGCCCUGGGGGAACCACCAGAAGACACACCUUCCAAGACAAAGAAGAGCAUUUUAAAUGCUGAUCCAGAGGCACAAGCAUUGAUGGAAAUGACAGGGAAGGUUAGCACAAUGGCAUACUCAACAAGCAGUGCACGGCUCUCCGAUGUAGCCAAGCUGACGGAGCAUGAGAAGAGCCACAUCAAGAGGGACCUGGAAAUGGGGAUUGUGAUGACUGUCUACAGGCAGAAAAUAGAAAGACUGACCGUCCAAAUAAUCAUGGAGACCAGGCAGGUUGCUUGGACCAGGACAGCAGACAAAUACGAAGGAGUCUUGGAUUUAAGUGAGAUCAGAGAAGUCAGACCAGGAAGAAAUUCCAAGGAUUUUGAACGUUUUAAAGAGAAACAAAACGUGGAAGAGGAGAAGUGCUUCACCAUAUUGUAUGGAUCCCAGUUUGUGCUGAACACCUUGAGCCUGGCCGCUGAUUCUUUCGAAGAUGCAAAAAAGUGGUUAUGUGGUUUAGAAAUACUGAAACAGGAGGCAUUGUCUGCACCCACACCUGCGAUUAUAGAAAGCUGGUUGAGAAAGCAGAUGUAUUCAGUAGACCAAUCCAAAAAAAGCAGCAUCACCAUGAAGGAGACCAAAGCCCUGCUGUCUGUAGUGAACUUUAAAGUGCCGAAUGCAAGGUUUCUCAAGGAGAGGUUUGCGGAUAUAGGAGCACGCAAAGAUGUACUCAACUUUGAGCAGUUUUACAAGUUUUACAAUAAUGUGAUGUUUGAAAAUCAGAAAGAAAUUCUGGAAGAGUUUAAGAAGGAAUCAUGUGCCUUCAUUAUGGGAAACACAGACAAACCUGACUCUUCAGUUGUCCUUCUUUAUGACUUCCAGAGAUUUCUUAUCCAUCAACAGAAGGAAUCAUGGGCCAAUGAUCUGAACAUGGUCAGGGAGCUGAUGACAACUUUUAUUGAUGAUCUGAUGAGGAAGACAAACGACCCCGAAUUCAAUGUCGGCGAGUUCCUGAAUUACCUGUUCUCAAAAGAAAACUCCAUCUGGGAUGAGAAGUAUUCAGAAAUUUGUUUUCAGGACAUGAAUAACCCCUUGUCUCAUUACUGGAUCAACUCCUCUCACAACACGUACCUCACAGGAGAUCAGAUCCGCAGUGAAUCUUCUACAGAGGCCUAUAUCAGAUGUCUCAGGAUGGGAUGUCGAUGCAUAGAGUUGGAUUGUUGGGACGGUCCACUAGAGCCUAUUAUCUACCAUGGAUGGACACGCACAACAAAGAUCAAAUUUGACGACGUAGUGAAAGCAAUCAAUGAUCAUGCAUUUGUCGCAUCUGAGUUCCCACUGAUUUUGUCCAUAGAGGAGCAUUGUUGUGUGGAACAGCAGCGCCACAUUUCCAGCAAGUUCAAAGAGGUGUUUGGGGAGCAGCUGCUGACCGAACCCAUUGAAGCUUUUGCAGAUCAUUUGCCCUCCCCCACACAGCUUAAACGGAAGAUCAUUAUCAAGCACAAGAAACUGAGUUCUGUGGCUGAAGAUAACGCCAUGGAUGACUACGUCAGCAGGGUGGAUCUACGUAAAAGCACAAAGCAGGGGGAUCUGUAUAUCUGGGACCCGGUAGAUCAGCAAUGGAAUAGUCACUACUGUGUCAUUGCCGAUGACAAGCUGUUUUACGCUGAGGAGUCAGAGGAAGAACCGAACAAGAAUGUGAAGAAGACAGAGCUGCACUUCACAGAGAAGUGGUUCCAUGGCAGGAUGAAAGAGGGCAGACAGACGGCUGAGAGGCUGCUCCAGGAGUUCUGCGCAGAGUCUGGAGGAAGGGAGGGGACCUUCUUAGUCCGGGAGAGCGACACUUACAUGAAUGAUAAUACAUUAUCAUUUUGGAGGGCAGGAAGAGUUCAGCAUUGCCGAAUUCGCUCUACAGAUGGCAACACUAAAUACUUCCUGACUGACAACCUCCCCUUUGACAGUGUGUACAACCUGAUCCAACAUUACAAGGAGAACCCGCUUCGCUGUCAGGAGUUUGACCUGCGAUUAACAGAUGCAGUCCCCAGACCUAAUCCACAUGAAUCCAAAGAAUGGUACUACAACAACCUGAGCCGAGGAGAAGCAGAGGACAUGCUGAUGAGAAUCCCACGCGAUGGAGCCUUCUUGAUCCGAAGGAGAGAAGAACCUGACUCGUUUGCCAUUACAUUCAGAGGUGAUGGGAAAGUAAAGCACUGCAGGAUCCAGAAAGAAGGCAACAUGUUUGUUUUGGGAUCCUCAACUGAGUUCGAGAGCCUGGUGGAACUUGUAAAUUACUACAGAAAAAAGCCCCUGUACCGUAAGAUAAAACUGCGCUACCCAGUCUCUGAGGAGCUGCUGCAUCGCUUCAGUGAGAAUAAGGAUUUUGGAGCUAUCUAUGAUGUCAAGAUGUAUGUGGAGCCCAACGAAAUAGAACCAUCAGUGCCUCAAAGCACCGUGAAGGCACUCUAUGACUACAGACCCAAACAAGCUGAUGAGCUGAAUUUCUGUAAAGGAGCCCUUAUUCACAAUGUAGUCAAAGACAACAAUGACUGGUGGAAAGGAGACUACGGAGGGAAAGUUCAGUACUACUUCCCAGCAAACUAUGUGGAGGAGGUAUCCAGUGAGAAGAAAGAGAAUCCUAUCAACCCGAUAAUAGAGGACAAUCCACUGGGAGAUCUGUGUAAAGGAAUAGUGGACCUUUCAAAGUGCACUGUUUCAAAGCAAAUGAAGAAUGGCAUGCCGUUUGCAUUCACCCUACAACCUAACGAGUCUGAAGAUCUGGCCAUUGAUUUCGCCAUAGAAACAGUGGAGGAGCAGUUUGAGUGGUACAAGAUCGUGUGGGACAUUACACAGAAGGAAAAAACCAAGCAAUAUAAGAUCAGCCAGAAGAAACAGUGUGAGAAGAAGGACGAUGUCGCAGUUGAAAUGUCUGACCUUGUAAUCUACUGUCAACCAAGGAGCAAAGACAAGGAUAACUUUACGAGAUACGAUUACAAGGAGAUCCGGUCCUUUGUGGAAAACAAGGUUCCCAAUGCAAAGGGGCAAAAGGUAGAGGACUUUGUCAGGUACAACCGCAAGGCGCUGAGCAGAAUCUACCCCAAAGGUCAAAGAAUGGACUCCUCAAAUUAUGACCCCUACUCUCUCUGGAUGUGUGGAUGUCACAUGGUGGCUCUUAACUUCCAGACACCAGAUAAAUGUAUGCAGUUAAACCAUGCCUUGUUUAGUCAGAAUGGAAGAAGUGGCUUUGUGCUGCAGCCGGAAUUAAUAAGAAGCGAAUCCUAUGACCCAUAUCAGGAGAAGAAUACUGUUGAUCAGAUCAUAACAAUACGAGUUAUUGGUGCCCGUCACCUGCCCAGACAAGGAAGGAGCAUUGCCAGUCCUUUUGUGGAAGUAGAACUGUGUGGAAUUAAUUCAGAAGAUAACAAAUUCAAAACACUUGUGAAAAGUGACAAUGGACUGAACCCAGUCUGGCCAGCCCCACCGGAACCAGUACAGUUUAUGGUGUGUGAACCUGAGACGACAUUUCUCCGUUUUGUGGUGCAUGAGGAGGACAUGUUCAGUGACCCCAAUUUUCUGGCUCAUGCCACUUUCCCUGUCAAAGGCAUCAAGACAGGCUAUAGAUCAGUUCCUUUGAAAAAUGGAUUCAGCGAAGAUAUUGAGCUUGCCUCUCUCCUGGUGUUCAUCGAUAUGAAUCAAGUCGAGAAAGCAGAAGAGGAGCUGUAUUCCUCUUCCACUCAACUCCGCAAGCGGCAGGCAGUGCUGUCCAACGAGAUGUUUUUGUAUGACACCCACAAGAACUUGUCCAGGGGACCCUACAACCGUGACGACCUAAUGAAGGAGUUCAGCACCAAUGAAAUCCAGCUACAAAAGAUCCAGGACACUUGUAAACAGAAGAUGAAGGAGAAGAAAAUCAAUAACAGCAAGUUUUACUCGUGAAGAGUUUCCAUUUAAAACAAAAAUCUGACAAGUCUUUGCAAUUUUAUGUUCCUGGUGGUUUCAACACCUAAAGACAAGCCUUGUACUUUAAUCGCAGUCUCUUCUGCAAUGGACAGUGAAAAGAAGACAUUUCCCUCUGCUGUAUUAGGACUGCACAAGGGAUCAAAAUAAACCCUGUGGUGAGUGAUUAUUUUAUUGCAAUGCAGUGCAGUGAUAAUACUGUUCAGUGUGGCCAGUUAGUAAUCAUUGGGUUGUAACUGCUAGCUAUUAUUUAAAUGUUUAUGGUCACGAGUGGAUGUUUCUGUUAUUUUUGUGUGGGUGGGGUGGGGUGUUACGUUACAAAACAUUAUGUGGAAUGCAGAUCAUUUAACAUUUCAUUCUGCUAAUGUCUGCUGCACAUCUGUAUGUCUUUUUAUAAUUUGAAAAGUAUACGGCCUCCACAAUUUCAUACUUUGCUAUUAGGUGCUUAUUGUGUUAGAAAAAUAUUAUAUAGUUAUAUAUAACACAGGAUAACGAUUAUAUCUUUAGUUACUGAAUGUUCCUGUUUGUUACAAGCUAUCCUAUUUUUUUUUAGAAAAAAAAAUAUUUAUUACCUCUGAAGCAGUAACAAGUUUUAAAACGUAAUAAUAUAAUAUAAAUUAUAAAUGAUGUUGCCUGUGUUUUCUUUUUGCUGCCUGGGGUAUAAUCUGCAUGAAUGAAGUGACAUUUUUAUAAACUUUGUUACUGCUGAGUGUGUGUAUUGCUUGAGUCCUGGUUCAAAGUGGUGCAACUUACAGCUACUUCCUCAUAAAUUAAAAUGCAUUGAAGUGGAACAUUAUGAGAUUGCACCAAAUGAAAUGAGCAGCAUCUAAUUUAAAUGCUUUUUUAAUGCUAUUUUAUACUGUCAAUUUUAAACAUAUGCUGAAAAUAACUUUUGUCACAGAAUUCAAAAAGUCAAAACUUUUACAUGUUUUUACAUAACACCCUGUAAUGUUUACAAGAAAUACAUUGUGCUACCUUUGCUGUGUACUGGGUUGUCCGUAUCUCAACAUUAUAUUUUUAAACAUGUUGUCCGGUCUUGACAUUUUUCACCAUUUGCUCUGGAGCAUUCAGGAGGAUAAAAAAACAAUUGUCUUCUAAGGAUUACAGUCUAUCCAGAUUGUGACUCCUCCUGCAACAAUGCUGGUUUUCUGUUCCCACAAUAUGCUACUGGUUUCAGUCAGAGCACCAGCAUUGUUGCAGGACACUGAUGCUUAGAAGAACAUUAUCUUUCUGAUGACGGACAUCCCGUCCCCCGUCCCCCCAAAAAAAAAGGAUUUCCCCAGUUCAUUUAUCUAUGAUGUGUGAAUAAAAAUAUCACAACAAUUUGAAGACGUUGAAAUAAGUGUCGCGAUAUGGACAACACGGGAUAAACAAACGUAAUGUGUAAACACUGCAGGGGGUUCUGUAACACUUUAAUUUAUUUUACUGUUAGGCAGAGAAUGUUAUUUCAAUGUGUUUCGACAUUCUUAGGAAAACUGAUAGAACUGUAAUUAAACUGUGUUCUUUUAAUCUUAUGUUACACAAAGCUAUUCUUGAGUGACCAACAUCUUCAGUGUCUUGUUCUAACUUUUAAACAAAACAGCUGUAGAUUGUGAAAUAAAUAUUUUACUGUAAUAAAUGAAAUGACAUAUG